CGCGCACGCGUGAGCGAGUGUGUGUUUUAAGGAAAAGAGCCCACAGUCCAGUCCACUCAGACCCAGCCUAGGAGGCUUGUGAGCCGGCCUUUCGUAAUUGCCCCCCUCCCCACGGCCCCCUCCCCCCAGCCUCCCCCUUCUCAGGCCCUCCUGCCCGCCCUCUCUCCCUCCCUUCUUCCCUCGCAGCCGAGGAGGCAGCAAUUACGCUUUGGGGAUAAAACGAGGCGCGGAGAGCAGGCUGGGGCAUUUCUCCCUGAGAUGGCGGGUCCGACAGCUGCAGCCCUGCGGCCCGGAGUCCUCCUGCUCCUGCUGUCCAUCAUCCACCCCUCGCAGCCUGGAGGGGUCCCGGGGGCUGUUCCUGGAGCCAUCCCUGGAGCCAUCCCUGGAGCCAUCCCUGGAGCCAUCCCUGGAGUAGUUCCUGGAGGCAUUCCUGGAGUUCCUGGAGCCAUUCCCGGAGUAGUUCCUGGAGGCCUUCCCGGAGGAAUUCCUGGAGCCAUUCCCGGAGUGGUUCCUGGAGGAGCCUACUACCCAGCUCUGGGGCCUGGAGGCAAACCACCCAAGCCAGAGGCUGGACUCCUUGGGCCAUUUGGGCCAGGUGUUGGAGGACUUGCAGGAGGUAUCCCUGGAGCAGGGCUUGGGGCCUUUCCCGCAGGCACCUUCCCGGGGGGUCUAGUGCCUGGUGGAGCGGCUGGCGCUGCUGCGGCCUAUAAAGCUGCUGCCAAGGCUGGUGCUGGGCUUGGUGGUGUUGGCGGCGUUGGAGGUCUCUUAAAUGGCUUAGGAGUGUCUACAGGUGGAGUAGUGGCUCCUGGAGCAGGAGUUGGAGCUGGAGUAAAGCCUGGGAAAGUGCCGGGUGUGGGGCUACCAGGUGUAUUCCCAGGUGGAGUGCUCCCAGGCGCAGGAGGUCGGUUCCCAGGUGUGGGUGUGCUCCCUGGGGUUCCCACCGGAGCAGGAGUCAAGCCCAAGGCCCCAGGUGGAGCCGGAGCUUUUGCUGGAAUCCCAGGAGUUGGGCCGUUUGGGGGCCAGCAGCCUGGUGUCCCACUGGGAUACCCCAUCAAGGCACCCAAGCUGCCAGGUGGCUACGGACUACCCUACAGCACUGGGAAACUGCCCUAUGGCUAUGGGCCUGGAGGAGCUGCUGGUGCAGCGGCCAAGGCUGGGUACCCAACGGGGACAGGGGUUGGCCCCCAGGCUGCAGCAGCAGCAGCAGCUAAAGCAGCAAAGUUUGCAGGUGCUGGAGGAGCCGGAGUUCUCCCUGGUAUUGGAGGGGCCGGCGCAAUUCCCGGGAUUGGAGGGGUCGGCGCAAUUCCCGGGAUUGGAGGGGUCGGCGCAAUUCCCGGGAUUGGAGGGGUCGGCGCGAUUCCUGGGAUUGGAGGCAUUGCAGGGGCUGGGAUCCCAGCUGCUGCUGCAGCUGCUAAGGCAGCUAAAUAUGGAGCUGCUGGAGGCUUGGUGCCUGGUGUUCCGGGAGUUGGAGUCCCUGGUGUUGGAGUUCCUGGUGUUGGAGUCCCAGGUGUUGGAGUUCCUGGUGUUGGGGUCCCAGGAGUUGGAGUCCCUGGUGUUGGAGUUCCUGGUGUUGGGGUCCCAGGUGUUGGAGUCCCUGGUGUUGGAGUCCCUGGUGUUGGGGUCCCAGGUGUUGGGGUCCCAGGUGUUGGAGUCCCAGGGGCUGUGUCACCAGCUGCAGCUGCUAAAGCAGCCUCCAAAGCAGCAAAAUAUGGUCUUGGAGCCAUCCCUGGAGCUGUCCCUGGAGCCAUCCCUGGAGUUGUCCCUGGAGCCAUCCCUGGAGCUGUCCCUGGAGCCAUCCCUGGAGUUGUCCCUGGAGCCAUCCCUGGAGUUGUCCCUGGAGCCAUCCCUGGAGCUGUCCCUGGAGUUGUCCCUGGAGCCAUCCCUGGAGUUGUCCCUGGAGCCAUCCCUGGAGCUGUCCCUGGAGCCAUUCCUGGAGCUGUCCCUGGCAUUUCCCCUGCAGCUGGGGCAGCAGCCGCUAAGGCAGCCAAGUUUGGUGCUGGAGGAGCAGGAGCCCUGGGAGGGCUGGUGCCAGGCGUUGGAGGUUUAGUACCAGGUGUGCCAGGCGCUGGAGGGGUGCCAGGUGCCGGGACCCCAGCAGCCGCAGCCGCUGCAGCAGCCGCUAAAGCUGCGCAAUUUGGGUUAGGCCCCGGCGCUGGCGUGGUUCCUGGCGGCGCUGGCGUGGUUCCUGGGGUUGGCAUUGGCGCCGGUGCUGGUGUAGUUCCCGGCAUUGGCAUUGGCCCUGGCGGUGUUGCAGGAGCAGGGGUGCCAGGAGCAGCCAAAUCUGCUGCUAAGUUGGCCGCCAAAGCCCAGCUCCGGGCUGCAGCUGGCCUUCCUGCUGGCGUUCCUGGGUUUGUACCCGGUGCUGGAGUUCCCGGAUUUGGGCCUGGUGUUGGAGUUCCCGGAUUUGGGCCUGGCGCUGGUGUGCCUGGCGCUGGUGUUCCUGGCUUCGGGGCAGUACCUGGAUCUCUGGCUGCCGCUAAAGCAGCCAAAUACGGAGCAGGAGUGCCUGGGGCGCUGGGAGUGCCUGGAGGCCUUGGAGUGCCUGGAGGUCUUGGAGUGCCUGGAGGCCUUGGAGUGCCUGGGGCGCUCGGUGGAGUAGGGGUCCCAGGUGCUGUGCCAGGAGCUGGACCUGCUGCCGUGGCUGCUGCCACCAAGGCUGCUGCCAAAGCUGCCCAAUUUGGCCUCGCGGGAGCUGGUGGGCUUGGAGCUGGUGGGCUUGGAGCCGGAGGACUGGGACUUGGAGGGCUUGGGCCUGGUGGAGUUGUCCCAGGGGUUGGGGGCCUUGGAGGUGUGUCCCCAGCUGCAGCUGCUAAAGCAGCCAAAUAUGGUGCUGCUGGCCUUGGAGGAGUCCUAGGAGCUGCCAGGCCAUUCCCAGGUGCAGGAGCAAGACCUGGCUUUGGAGUAUCCCCUAUUUUCCCAGGUGGGGCCUGCCUGGGGAAAUCCUGUGGCCGGAAGAGAAAGUGAGCUUCCCAGGACCCCUGACUCACGACCUCAUCAACGUUGGUGCUACUGCUUGGUGGAGAAUGUAAACCCUUGUGACCCACCCCCCCACGCCCCCUCCUAAGUCCCCAUCUCUGGAGGGGACAGGGCUGGCCGGGCGGACUUGGAAAUCCACAGGACAAGGAAACAAGAGAACGGUGGCCAAGUGGGCCCCCGGGAAGCCCCCUACUUCAGAGGCAAGGAGUGGGUGGGCUUGGCCCCCUGCCCCCACCCCCUUCCCACCAAGGUGCUCCCUCCAUACACUCUGCAUCUCCAGGGGAACUUGGUGCUAAGUGCUGGUGCUUCAUCUUCCUGGGGGAGGGAGGAGGGAAGGGCAGCCCCCCCGGGGAAGCCUCCUCCCUAGGGCUCCCCUGAAAAUGGUGCAGACACUUUGUGGGCAGUCCUACCUCCCCCUGCCCACCAGGACCCACCCCUGGCUGCGGUCCAGUUGGUACCCAAUCAUCGAAAACCUCAGGCUGCAUUCGGUCACACCAUCUCUUGGCCCCUUUAAUGCCCCUUCCCCCCACCAGUCGCUAUUCCCCAUGCCCCAGGCACCUUCAGAUCAGAAGAACCCCGAAGCAAAUAGCCCUCUUUCUCUUGUGGAAUUCAUCCGCCCAUCUGUCCAUCCAUCCAUCCAUCCAUCCAUCCUUGUCCCCAGUUGACUGCCUGGCACCACAAGCUGGCCGGGCACCCCACCAUCUACCCGGUUAACCUGUCAUGGCAGCCUGUGCCCUGCCUUCGCCCCACUCCACACACCCCUACGAAGGGGCCCGGGGUGUGGGGGCUGUGCCAGCUGGGGCGCAGGAACCCCCUCGAGAACCUGGGUUUCCCCCACGCAGUACUGUAUCCCCCGUCCCUCCCUCGAGCCACUGUAUUUCACAGCACUUCCCGCCCCACCCUGCCCCUCCCAUCUCUUUGUGUCUCGCUGUGAUAGAUCAAUAAAUAUUUUAUUUUUUGUCCUGGAUAUUUGGGGAUUAUUUUUGAUUGUUGAUGUUUUCUCUUGGUUUUACUUUUGUGGUUAAUUGAAAAAUAUAUAUAAAUAUUUUUUUUUCUGAUCUGGGGAGCUAUAACCCCAGAAGAAAAUUCAUUUUAAUCACUUUGGUAUAACUCUGGAUGAAACACACAUUUUUU